UUUUUUUUGUUAUACAGAAUUAAAAUAGACAUAUUCCACAAGUUUUUGUUAGCUGCACAUGGGUUCUCUUAAACUUUUAAUGAACCUGACCAAAAAAAAAAAAAAGACUUUUUCUUUGGUUCCUGAAUAAGCCAUGUACAUACAGUGGGAAUUUCUCCUCGCGACCUAGUCAAAUGUUCCCAAAAUAUAUUUCUUUUUCUCCCAAGUAAAUGGAGGACUAAAAUAUUGAAAUUCAAACACGGAGGCUCACUGAAAGUGAAAUGCUUUCACUAGGCCUACACCAGAGAAGCAAAUGUGAAAGCGAAAUUCAAAGAUGAAGACUUAUGACUUAUUGCUGUCUCAAACUAAACACAACAUUUCUCCUCUGCUCUUCCUUACAAAACCCGUCUCUGCUUUAGCUUUUCUUGAGAGCAGAUCAUAAACAUAAACAUAAACAUAAACAUAAACAUGAGCUCUAAUAGUAGUUGUUCUCUUUUGAUUCUCUUGUCUCUCCUGCUGAUCAUUGAUCUCACCGCUGCUCGCUCGUGUCCUGAGACAUGUGGAGGAAUCGGCAUCCCCUACCCAUUUCAUACUAAAGGAUUUACUGUGAUUGAGCUUGGAUGGUACUUUGAUACAUCAGAUUCUCGGUUAACGAAUCCUGUGGGUUGUGCACCAAGCUGUGUUUGUGAGUAUGGUUACUUCUCUGGCUUUGGUUACAGCAACUGUUACUGCAAUCAGAUUGGUUACAGAGGGAAUCCAUAUCUUCCUGGUGGAUGCAUUGCCAUUGAUGAAUGUGAGGAAGGAAAAGGACGAAACAGCUUUGGAGAACAAACUUGUGUGAAUGUUCCUGGAUCGUGGAGGUGCGAGCCGAAGGAAGCACAGAAGAUCAAGCCUGUGUUUCAACAUCUUGUUCUAGGUUUUGCAUUAUUGUUCUUGGUUCUUGGGAUAUGGGGAUUUAUCAAAUUGGUUAAGAAGAGAAGGAAGAUUAUCCGAAAGAGAAUGUUCUUUAAACGUAAUGGAGGCUUGUUGUUGAAACAACAGUUAACUACAAGAGAAGGAGGUAAUGUGGAGACAUCGAAGAUAUUCAGUUCGAAAGACCUGGAGAAAGCAACGGAUAACUUCAACAAGAACAGGGUUCUUGGGCAAGGAGGUCAAGGCACUGUCUACAAAGGAAUGUUGGUAGAUGGACGAAUCGUCGCUGUGAAAAGGUCUAAGGUUUUGGAUGAAGACAAAGUUGAGGAGUUCAUCAAUGAACUUGGUGUUCUCUCGCAGAUUAACCAUAGAAACGUUGUCAAACUCAUGGGGUGUUGUCUCGAGACAGAGGUUCCUAUCUUGGUUUAUGAGCAUAUUCCAAAUGGAGACCUAUUCAAGCGUCUUCAUGAUGAUUCUGAUGACUACACUAUGACUUGGGAUGUGCGAUUGCGCAUUGCUGUUGAGAUUGCAGGAGCACUUGCUUACUUGCACUCGGCUGCAUCAACCCCGGUCUACCACAGAGACGUCAAGACCACAAACAUACUUUUGGAUGAGAAGUAUAGAGCCAAGGUAUCGGAUUUCGGGACUUCGAGAUCCAUAAAUGUAGAUCAAACUCACUUGACUACUCUAGUUGCAGGUACUUUUGGAUACUUGGAUCCAGAGUACUUUCAAACUAGCCAGUUUACGGAUAAAAGUGAUGUUUAUAGUUUUGGGGUCGUCUUGGUUGAGCUCAUAACUGGGGAAAAGCCAUUUUCUGUAAUGCGGCCUGAAGAAAACAGAGGACUUGCGUCUCAUUUUAUCGAGGCCAUGAAACAGAACAGAGUUCUUGAUAUUGUUGAUUCUCGGAUCAAAGAAGAUUGCAAGUUGGAACAAGUGUUGGCAGUGGCGAAACUUGCCAGAAGGUGUUUAAGUCUAAAAGGGAAGAAACGACCAAAUAUGAGAGAGGUUUCAAUUGAGCUUGAGAGGAUCCGUUCAUCGCCUGAGGAUUUGGAGGUGCAUAUUGAAGAAGAGGACGAAGAAGCCGCCAUGGAAAUCAACAUGGAUGAUUCUUGGAGCGUCGACAUGACUGCUCCAGCUUCCCUCUUUGAUUUAUCGCCCAAGAUAGAUGUUGAACCGCUGGUUCCUCAAAGAACAUGGUGAUGAUGGAAACUGAAACACUAC